AUAUAUAUAUAUAUAUAUAUUUGCUUAUUUAUGCUUCGAAUUUUCUAGUGAUGAAGAUUAGAACCACAUUUUUAUGUUUUAUCCACGUUAUAUAUUACGUUUCAGGACCCUUUUUAAUGGCGGACAUAGCAGGGGCAAUCUUCAGUGCAUUGAGCUGCAUUUGUGGCACUCCAACCUGCAACUGUAUGGAUCAAUAUAGAAAUUUUAAUGAUGAUGUGGGUGAGCUGAGAAGAAAAUUGGACAGUCUAACUAGCCAGAAACAAGAUAUAGAAUCAAGAAUACAAGUGGCAGAGUCUCGCAGGGGACAAAUGGUUAGACGACAAGUGCAAGAAUGGCUUAAGCAAGUACAAGACAUUAAUGUUGAUGUGCAAGCAUUUUUAGACAAGGUGCAGGGAGUCAGGUGGUACAAGCGUGCCUGUCUUGAAAAACUUGUUUGCAGAAAAAUUAAUGUGGUGACGGAAAUGCUUGAAAAAGGGAGUUUUCCUGAAGGCCUUGUGAUUGAGAGAGCUCCAGCUUGUGCAGUCAUAAUUCCAACAGAGAAUUUAGUGGGGGAAAUUUCUACUAAAGAAGAAAUUUGGGGGUACUUGAUGGGUGAUGAAGUUGGAAUGAUUGGAGUCUGUGGGAUUGGUGGAGUUGGAAAGACUACGAUCAUGAAGAGUCUCCACAAUGAUUUACAGAGGGAGACUAGAUUUCAGAAAGUGAUCUGGGUUACUGUAUCACAUCCUCUCAAUGUUUUUGUAUUACAAAAGAAGAUUGCUGGUGCUAUGGGCGAAAGACUUCCAGAAGAUGAAGAGGUGAUGAUGCGAGCAACGGCUCUAAUGGAAAUAAUGAGAAGUGUGAGAUAUGUGGUAAUAUUAGAUGAUGUAUGGGAGACGUUCUCUUUUAAUGAUGUUGGAAUUCCGGAUCCGAAGGCACAGAAUGGGUGCAAAGUAGUUAUUACCAGUAGAUCAAUUGAAGUAUGUAGUUAUUUGUGUUGUAAGAUUGUCGAAGUGCACCCUCUUUCACAGGAGGAGUCUCUAAAGUUAUUCCUCAAUACAGUUGGGGAUGGUGUUUUACAGGAGGAUUAUGUGUUUUCUAGAAGGGAGUUAAUAGAAAGUUGGAUUGAUGAAGGAUUAAUUAAUGGCUGGAGAAGUAGAAAAGCAGCUUAUGAUAGGGGCUAUGCCAUUAUAGAUAGGCUUGAAAAAAAUUUCUUAUUAGAGAAAGAUACUUUUUACUCAUGUCAAUUUCGUACUAGUUUUGGUACAUUUGGAUUUAGAAGUGCUGGUUCUAAGAUGCAUGAUGUAGUGAGAGACAUGGCUAUCAUAAGCAUUGCUCCAGAAUUUGGAUAUAUGAUAAAAGUUGGUAUGAAUUUGGUAGAGCUACCAGAUGAGCAUGGUUGGGUAAAAGAUCCCAAGAAGUUGUCUCUAAUGGAAAAUAACAUUUUAAAAGUUCCUCACAGUUUGUCCCCUAAGUGUUCAACCCUUUCAACUUUGAUAUUAUCAAGUAAUCCAAAUUUGUCAAAGAUUCCAGAUUCUUCUUUUGAAGAGAUGCUUGCUUUGAAGGUUCUUGAUCUUUCUAGUACUGCUGUUGAGACUCUACCUAAUUCCAUCUCCAAAUUGAAGAAUCUAUCUACCCUGCGGUUACAGCUUUGCAAGAAGUUAAAGUACUUGUCUUCCCUGGUAAACCUCAGGGGAUUGAAGAAGUUGGACCUACAUGGGGCAGGGAUUAAGGUGGUCCCUCAAGGCAUGGGGAUGUUGAUAAGUCUUGAAUAUCUUGAUUUGUUGUUUUGUCCAAAUUUGAAAGAGAUUCCAAUAGGAAUAUUACCUAACCUUUCCAAUCUCCAGUAUUUGGCAGUCUGUUGUUUGCGAGAAACUACAAUAGUGAGAAAUUUAGAAGAGGUUGCUAGAUUGAAGAAGUUGGAGACUUUGGACUGUCAAUUUGAUGGCAUACAAGAGUUCAACUAUUUUGUCAAUAAGUUCAAAGAUUUCCAAAGUGCUACUGCUUACAGUUUUGUUAUUGGGAAAGCAGAAGACAUGAUUAGAUGGAACAAAUAUGAGCUUGUAAUUACUGAUUGCGAGAUUGGGGAAGAAUGUAUAGUGCUUCCAAAUAACCUUGAAGAUUUGUGGAUAAUUGGGGGUGAAAACGUGAAAAGCAGCUUAAACAAAACAACUCUGUUAGAAAAAGCAAAUGAGUUGAGGAGGUGUCAUAUUAAGGAUAGUGAAGAGAUAGAGUGCGUGGUUGAGUUGGACUCAUCCUCUUCCUCAUUGUGUUGUCCAAUACUUGAUAAGCUUGAACUGUUGGAGAUAUGCACAUCACCUAGAUUGUGUGAACUUGUGAGAGUAGAAGGAGUAGUAACACCACUGCACGUCUUUUCUAAUCUUAAACAGCUUUAUAUAUGGCAAUGUUUUGGAAUGAGGAAGUUACUUCCGCUUGAGCUACUGCAGGCCCUCCGAAACUUAGAGAAGAUUAUAGUUUGGAAUUGCACACAAAUGGAGGAGAUAAUAGCUUCAUCGGAUUUAGAUGCAUCAUCAGAUAAAUUCAUUUUCACUUUUCCUAAGUUAAGGAAAUUGUGCUUGUGGUACUUAACCCAAUUGAAGAGCAUGUGCAGUGCCAAAGGAGUUAUAGUUUGUAAUUCUAUUGAAAAAAUUGUAAUAAGUGGAUGUCCAGAGUUAAAGAGGAUCCCUGUGCAGCUACCCCAGCUUGAUAAUGGCCAACGAUCUCCUCCUCCUCAUCUCAGAGAAAUCAGGAUAGAUGGAGGGAUUGAGGUGUGGAGUGAAGAGUUGCAAACUGCAAAUGCAAAGGGAGUUGUCGAUAAAAGCCCUUACUCAAUGACAGAAAGAUUGGCUGGAAAAUUAUGUCGAGCUGAAGAAUCAGGCAUUAAAGAAAGUGUCAGACAUCCAAACACAAGGCUUCCUAGAAAACCUUUUGGUGUCAAGAUCAUGAAUUGUGCAAAGAGGUUACUUGUGGAGAUUGUUUGGAAGACAUGGCAAUGGGCUGGAAAUGGUCUAUAAUUUGUCUUGCUAGUUGAUGAGCAGUCCUUCAAGUUACCAUAUAAAGCUUCUUACUGGAGAAUAAAACUCACAGGAGCUAGGAAGGAGUUGAUGUGUUGGUGUUUGGAGCUAUGUCUGGUGGAUGUACAAGUGUAACAAGCUUCAGAUAAAUGUUAUAACCCUUCAAAAGUUUUCAACUCUUCCUCCAAAACCAGUUGCUCUCAACUAUGGUCGGGAUGCAAAUCAUUAUGUACCUCUUGCCACACUUACCAGACCCAGUUUUAAGGAAUAGCAAAGGGAAAAGAGGGAAAUUGGCCAUGGCAGUUGAACUUAACUAGCAAUAGAAGCACAAGAAGUGAAGCUGGAAAGAAGAGGAUUUAAGUUUAACAAGAGUGAACUUGCAUUUUAUGCUAUGUUGGCCGCCAUUUGCCCUGAGUCAUAAUAAUACUGCAAAUGAUAUGCUGAUUUAUUGUCAGAAGUUGAUGUAUAUUGCCCUUUCAUCAUUCUUAGAAUUGGUUCUGUUCUUUCUCUAGAAUGACAUAAGUGCUACUACAUCAUGCAUCAAAGGGGAAGGAUGGAAGCCAUGCGGUAAUGAGAACUACUUCAACGAGACCUAUCUAAUCCAACAAGCAUCCUACUGGGCAAUUGGAUCUCGUCUUGCUAUCAUGGAGACAGUUUGUGACAUUUACAAGAACUAAAGAUCAACCAUUACAGUUUUGAACAAACACACAAUUGUUAGAAUAUCAAAAAGAUGGUUCAUAUAUCUAUUUAUGGUGAACAGAAGCAAAAAACUCUUGACAAGAAACAAAGAUUCGACCCUAAAGAUUUUGCUGAUUGUGUUUCCAUUGGUUCUUACUAGGACUACCUAAUACAUGGGAAUGAGAUUA